AUGAAUAGCUCGCGUCUAAAGGAAACUAAUCAUCACAUUAAAAUUGUCUUCUGGAACAAACUCUUUGCCGCCCGAUGCUUGGUGCAGCUUAAUGAACCAUAUGUUGAAGAAGAAUGUCAAGAAUUUGAGUAUGAUGAGGAGAAAUCUGAUGGCGAUCAGGAAGAGUCUGAUGGUGAUGAGGAAUUAUCUAAUGAGGAUAAAGAGGAAUUUGAUGGUAUUAAACUUAAUUCAGUAGAGGACUAUGAAUCUAAAAUUUUAGAUAUGUAUCAUGGAAUUGAGAAUUUCAGAAAAGAGCUUGUUGUAAAAAUAGAUGCUGGAGUGUUAAAGUUUCCUAAAAGUCAAAAUUAG